AUGGGUCUCAAAAUCGCCAUCGUCGGCGGCAGCAUAGCCGGCCUCACUCUAGCAAACAUGCUCGAGAAGUUCGACGGCUUGGACUACACCCUCCUCGAAGCCUACCCCUCCAUCGCGCCCCAAGUCGGCGCCAGCAUUGGCCUCCUCCCCAACGGCCUGCGCAUCCUCGAGCAACUCGGGUGCUAUCAGCGUAUCCGCGAGCUGGCGGAGGACUGCAAUCACCGCAUGAACUGUAGAGAAGUCGGUGGGCGGCUGCUGUACUGUUCAGGGCUCGUCACAAUCUCUGAGCGUUUGGAAGAAGAAACUGGGUACCCGUGUAAUGUCCUCCCGAACAAAUGUGUCAUCGACGUCGAGACAACUGAGUCCGGAGUGGCGGCCCACACUAGAGACGCAGCAACAUACACCGGCGACAUCCUCGUCGGCGCAGACGGAGUCCACAGCAUCAUCAGGGAAGAAAUGUGGUGCACGAGCCACCACACAGCAUUCUCCCGCGGCCGAGGCUACGUCGCCAUCUCAGCCCCGCGAAACCGCGUCUACUGGCUCAUGUUCGUCGCGCUUGGUAAGACUUACCACGGCAGCGCCGAUAUCCCGCGCUUCAGCAAGCUUGACGAGGCUGCGCUGGUGGCGGCGCUUGUCUUCUUGGAGGAGCAUGUGUUUUCGAAGUGGCAUUGUGGAAGGAUUGUACUUGUUGGGGACUCGGCUCACAAGGUCCAUCCCAUAACAGCCCAAGGCGGCAAUGGUGCACUCGAAUCGAAUCAGCAGCACACCUACUCAACGCCCUGACCAAGCUCCAACUCUCCACCCACUCGCCCGACUCCCCUCCUCUGACGGAAGAAAUAAUCGAAGCAGCCCUCUCUACCCUCCACGCCUCCAUAUCCGCACUCGCAGAGAAAAUAAUGCUCUCCGGCCGCCGCACCGGUUCACUCCUCUGCCUCGAUUUCCCCUUUCCAAAGUACCUCUUUCGAUGGGUGGUCCUCUAACU